CCUCACAAACAGGGCAUGCCAUUGGUUGUAGCCUCAAUCGCUACACCGUCACCAUGUCUUCCACAAUCGAACUGCCUACCGAUUUCGCCCCGAUGAAGAACGAUUUGAUCUUGAGAGCCGCUCGAGGUGAGGAAACCGAGCGGGCUCCUGUCUGGGUCAUGAGGCAAGCUGGUCGUUACCUUCCUGAAUUCUUGGCCGUAAGGAAAGACCACACCUUUUUCGAAUGCUGCAAGACCCCGGAGAUCGCCUGCGAGUUGACGAUGCAACCCAUCCGUCGGUUCAAGGGCCUCCUCGACGCUGCCAUCAUCUUCUGCGACAUCCUCGUCGUUCCCGAAGCCAUGGGUCUGACCGUCGAGAUGAAUCCCGCUCCUUCGCUUCCCAACCCGAUCAGGACACCCGAAGACCUCGCCCGGCUCCCCAAGCACGUCGAUGUCAACAAGGAGCUCGGAUACGUCUUCGAGGCAGUCAACCUGACCAGGAGGACGUUGCAAGGAGAGGUCCCAUUGAUCGGGUUCUGUGGAGCGCCUUGGACUUUGAUGGCGUACAUGGUGGAGGGAGGUGGAAGCAAGACUUAUCAAAAGGCCAAGGAGUGGCUCUACAGGUGGCCCGAGGCGAGCGAGGAGCUUCUGUCUCGGAUAGCAGCAGUCUGCGUCGACCUCUUGGUCGGACAAGUCCUGGCCGGAGCUCAGAUGCUACAAGUGUUCGACUCUUGGGCCAACGAACUCCCUCCCUCGGUCUACCAAAAGUUCGCCCUCCCUCCUUGUCAAUACAUCGCCAGGGAAGUCCGCUCGAAACUCAAAGAGCUCGGGCAUGAUCCCGUCCCCAUGACUCUCUUUGCCAAGGGAGCCAACACCUCGCUCACUGUAUUGGCCGAGGAGAGCGGAUACGAUACCCUCGGGUUGGACUGGUGUAUCGACCCUCUUGAGGCUAGGAAGCUCGUCGGGAGCAAGGUCGCUCUUCAAGGAAACGCCGACCCGAUGUUGCUCUACGGAGGACAAGAGGCCAUCCAGCAAGAGGUUAAGAAGAUGAGCGAGAGGUUCUUGGCCGGAGGUGGCGGAUGGAUCGCCAACUUGGGGCACGGAGUCACUCCUCAGGUCCAGGUAGACGAUUUCAGGUGUUUCUUGGAGAGCGUACACAAGUACAGCAGGAGGGACGCAGGAUCGUCCGCUGCCGGCCUGAGCGAAAAGUUGUAGAGAAAUCUACCCGACGUCCGUCAGCUCAAAGGGAAACCUGCGACGCCAAACGUAAGGGGAUAGCGAACUCUGGUAUACAUGCCAACAUUUUACAUUCAGACUCUGCAGCACCGCUACGGAUACGGAUUCGGGGCGUCUCCUAGAAUCUGACACGCUACCCCUGAGGUCCCUGAAGUGGGUCGGUCAGCUCGCC